AUGUUUUAUUUCUUUUUCUCUCUUUCUUCAACACGCCUUUCUUUUUUCUUUAUUUUUCUCUCGCUUCUUUCCUCACUUGGCUUACGGCCAUAUCAGCAAAAAACUUUUCUUUCUUUUUCUGUUUUUCUUUUUUCAUUCUUUCUCUCUUUCUUUUUUUCAUUCUUUCUUUCUUUCUUUUUUCAUUCUUUCUUUCUUUCUUUUCCCUUUCUUUCUUUAUUUCGUUCUUUCUUUCUUUCUUUCUUUCUUUUUUUUCCUCACUUCUCCCAUUCUUCCCUUUAUCUUUCCUCCUUCUCGAUCUUUUUGACUCUUCGUUUCAAAUUUCUUUUCUUAUUCUUUCUUCCUUCCUCCCUCCUUUCCUUCCUUUUUUCUUCCUUCCUUCCUUCCUUCCUUCCUUCCUUCCUUCCUUCCUUUUCCUUCCUUCCUUCCUUCCUUCCUUCCUUUCCCUUCCUUCCUUCCUUCCUUCCUUCCUUCCUUCCUUCCUUCCUUUAUUCUAUGUCGUUUCUUACUUUCCUUAUUUCCUUCCUUUCUCCCUCCCCCUCCCUCCUUCCUUCCUUCCUUCCUUCCUUCCUUCCUUCCUUCCUUCCUUCCUUCCUUCCUUUAUUCCUAUGUCGUUUCUUACUUUCCUUAUUUCCUUCCUUUCUCCCUCCUUUCCUUCCUUCCUUUUCCUUCCUUCCUUCCUUCCUUCCUUCCUUCCUUCCUUCCUUCCUUCCUUCCUUCCUUUCCUUCUUCUUUCCACUACUAAUCAGUCUCUAUAUUUCAAUACAUAUUCUAUCCAUUGUCUUACAGAUUUUCUGCCCUUCUAUCUAUCUAUCUAUCUAUCUAUCUAUCUAUCUCUGUUCAUAUCUAUCUACCUAUCUAAUUUGGUUCAUAUCUUACGACGUCUGUAUUUUCUCAGUCUAUGUAUGGAUCUAUAUACCUGUCUACCUGUCUAUUUCUCAAAAUCCAAAUUUGGUCAUUUCUAACGCCUUUGUGGUUCUCUCUCUCUCUCUCUCUCUCUCUCUCUCUCUCUAUCUAUCUAUCUAUCUCUAUCUAUCUCUAUCCUUCGAUCUAUCUAUCUAUCUAUCUCGUUUUGGGCAUGUCUCUCAAUCUAUCUGUCUGUCUGUCUACCCCCUGCCUAUCUGCCUAUCUAUCUAUCUAUCUAUCUAUCUAUCUAUCUAUCUCGUUUUGGGCAUGUCUCUCAAUCUAUCUGUCUCUCCGUCUACCUCCUGUCUAUCUAUCUAUCUCAUCUAUCUAUCUAUCUAUCUAUCUAUCUAUCUCGUUUUGGGCAUGUCUCUCAAUCUAUCUGUCUGUCCGUCUACCUCCCUGCCUAUCUAUCUAUCUAUCUAUCUAUCUAUCUAUCUAUCUAUCUCGUUUUGGACAUGUCUCUCAAUCUAUCUGUCUGUCCGUCUACCUCCCUAUCUAUCUAUCUAUCUAUCUAUCUAUCUAUCUAUCUAUCUAUCUAUCUAUCUAUCUCAAUUGUUCAUAUCUAUCUAUCUCAAUUGUUCAUAUCUAUCUAUCUCAAUUGUUCAUAUCUAUCUAUCUAUCUAUCUAUCUAUCUAUCUCAAUUGUUCAUAUUUAUCUAUCUCAAUUGUUCAUAUCUAUCUAUCUAUCUAUCUAUCUAUCUCAAUUGUUCAUAUCUAUCUAUCUCAAUUGUUCAUAUCUAUCUAUCUAUCUAUCUAUCUAUCUAUCUAUCUAUCUCAAUUGUUCAUAUCUAUCUAUCUCAAUUGUUCAUAUCUAUCUAUCUAUCUAUCUAUCUCAAUUGUUCAUAUCUAUCUAUCUCAAUUGUUCAUAUCUAUCUAUCUAUCUAUCUAUCUAUCUCAAUUGUUCAUAUCUAUCUAUCUCAAUUGUUCAUAUCUAUCUAUCUAUCUAUCUAUCUAUCUCACUGUUCAUAUCUAUCUAUCUAUAUCACUUUCAUAUCUCUCUCUUUAUCUCUCUCUAGUUAUCUAUCUCUCUAUCUAUCUCACUGUUCAUAUCUAUCUAUCUAUCUAUCUAUCUAUCUAUCUAUCUAUCUAUCUAGCAAUCUAUCUCUUUAUCUAUCUCAUUGUUCAUAUCUAUCUAUCUAAUUUGUUUCAUAUUUGUCUACCUUUCUCACUGUUCAUAUCUAUUUAUCUCUCUCUCUCCAUCUCUUUCUGUCUAUCUCACUGUUCAUUAUCUAUCUAUCUAUCUAUCUAUCUAUCUACAUCACUGUUCAUAUCUAUCUAUCUAUCUAUCUAUCUAUCUAUCUCACUGUUCAUAUCUAUCUCUCUAUCUUUCUCUCUAGCUAUCUAUCUCUCUAUCUAUCUCAUUGUUCAUAUCUAUCUAUCUUUCGCACUGUUCGUAUCUAUUUAUCUAUUUCUCUCUCUCUCUCUCUCUCUAUCUCUUUCUAUCUAUCUCACUGUUCAUUAUCUAUCUAUCUAUCUAUCUAUCUAUGUCACUGUUCAUAUCUGUCUAUCUUUCUAUCUAUCUCACUGCUCAUUAUCUAUCUAUCUAUCUCACUCUUCAUAUCUAUCUAUCAAUCCUUACUUCCUAAUAUUUUCGAAAAAUUUAGUGUUUUGUCUAAUUAAAAAUUUGAACGUCACUUUUAUUCACCUAACUUCUACGAUUAGCGUCGAUUGA